CUACCUGUUCAUAGACAGGAUGGUGUUAUUUACUACAACUCCUGUGAGAAGUUCCUAUGCUUUUCCCGUGCCCAAUGCUGUCGAGUCAAUUCCGACUCACAGCAACUCCAUAGGACAGAGUAGAACUGCCCCAUAGAGUUUCCAAGGAGCGGCUGGUGAAUUAGAACUGCUAACCUUUUGGUUAGCAGCCAAGCUCUUAGCCACUGCGCCACCAAGGUCCUCUCCUAUGCCUUUAGAACACUUAAGUUAGAGUGAUUUGAGUUCCUAGAAAAUUCAUUAAGGGAUUCUUUUAAAUAGACAGCUUGUUUACUAUACGUGAGCCCAUUUUGAAAGAAUGACUCAAGUUUGUUAUAUAGAAAACUUGAGGACUAACUUUUGGGGCUAUCACAGAACCGAUGUGGUCUUCAUAGACGUGGAGUUAAGUGAUGAGAUCAGAAUGGGAAUUGUUGCCUGGCUAACAAUUGUUUCCUUCUGACUUGAUUUCUUUUAUGUGGUAGUCGUAAUUUUGUGUCUCCGGGGUUGGAAUAGAAAUAAUAUAUCUGUAAGAAUACUUGGAUUUUAAUUGCACAAAGUGAUAAUUACAUAUUCUAUCUAGCAGUUUCUGCAGACUCGAAGUCACUCAGUCAUCUAAUCAUUUAUUUAAGUUAUUUAAUGUAUUGUCACUUUAGUCUUCAAGUUAAUUUUAAACUAUAAAAGUUGAGGAAUGGCUGGUUGAGAUAUGUGUUAAACUUGUCUGCUACAUUUUCCCAGAAAACGGUGAUUAAAGUUGUUUCCGGGUGGGGCCUUCUAGCUCUGGCGGUAGCGAUUGGGUCUGUACAGUUCUGGUGCAGUGACAGUGAUAAAGUUUUUGUACCAUAAGGGGUAAGAGAUUGUGUUUCUAAGAAUACGAUCUAUUAUUAACCCUAAACGAAAACCCGUUCCCGUCAAGUCAAUUCUGACCAAUUGCGACCCUAGAGGACAGAGUAGAGCUGCCCCAUAGGGUUUCCAAGGAGCACCUGGUGAAUUUGAACUGCCGACCUUUUGGUCAGCAGCCGAACUCUCAACCAGUAUGCCACUAGGGUUUCCUUAUUAACCCUGGUCUUUAAAAACUGGCAAUUUAUUUAUUUAUUUUUGCUUAUAGGUUUUAGAUAGGGACUUUUUCUAAUGCCAGUUAAUAUAAUGUCUUAUAUUUUGCAGUCUGCAUAUACCUCACAGCUUGCUUUGUGCCAUAUGGAUAUUUAAUGUGCUAUAAGUGUACUUGUUUUAUAGGAAAAGACUUAAAAUGGCUAGAAAAUGUCCAUUUAAUAAAUCUCAACGUAACACCGCUUUCAAGCAUCUGGAUACACUCAAAUCAAAUUAAUUAGGAAAUUAGAUUUCAGUUAAUAUAUAUUUUAACUUAAUAUAGGACUCUCUUUUGGUUACCAAGGUGUAUUUUGCUUUGAAAACAGUUAAGAUUCAUUUCUUAAAUUUAUAGAACACAAUUUCUAUAACUUAGUAACCUAUUGAACUUCAUUUUUAGAUUAUCACUUUUUGGUCUUGAACAAGUCACUUAACCUCUCAGAUGAUUGGCCUCUUCAUCUGUAAAAUAUAAUCCGUGUUUUCUUUGUGUCUAUUCUUUUUGGAUCGAACAGCUUAUCAAAUCAUUUGUAGGAACUGUUAAUUUAAUCAUAGUGGUUAGGGUUUCUCUCCUGUACUGGAGAUGCUUUGUUACUGCUCUUUGUAGCAUGAACAGUCUUGACUUAAUUCCACUUCCGUUUUCUCCCCAGGUGAUACUUUAUUGUCUUUUAACAUUUGUUCCUUUUUGACUACUGAAUUUGAUUACUGAAACCUACUUACAGUGAAUGAUAUUCUAACUGGUUUUCCCCACAUUUUUAAUUUUGAAAAAUUUUAAGCCUACAGAAAAAUCAAAAUAAUAGUACAAUGACUAAUCCAUGUACCCUUUCUCUCGAUUCACCAAUGGUUAACACUUUGCCACAUUUUCUUUAUUUAUUAUAUACUAUUCACUGAACUAUUUGAAAGUAAGUUACAGGCAUCACAAUACUUCGUCCUUAAAUUCUUCAGGAUUCAUGUCCUAAGAACGAGGAUGUUCCUCUCCAGAUACAUAAUACCAUUAUCACAUCCCCAAAAUCUAGCAUUGAUAAAAUACUCUUAGCGGUUACAUAAUCCAUAUUCAGAUUUCUUAUUUGUCACAAUAUGUCCUUCAUAGCUGUUCCCAUGCCUACCUACCACCAAUUCAGGAUCCAGUCAAGGAUCACACAAAAUUUAGUCGUUAUGUAAACUAAAUACUUUCGUUAAAGACCCUUCUAAAAAGAUGAUGUAACUAACCUAGCCGAGGAACGAAAAUCCCUCACUAAUCUGGUACAACGGUAUCUCCUUAUAUAAACUCUCUGUUCUAAUACUAGCUUCCUCUGUGUGGCAGCGCAGAAUGAUGGAUCAAGCCAGAUCAGCAAUCUCCAACUUGUUCGGUGGCGAAUCAUUGUCGUAUACCCGGUUUAGUCUGGCUCGGCAAGUAGAUGGUGAUAACAGUCACGUGGAGAUGAAGCUAGCCGCGGAUGAAGAAGAAAAUGCCGACAACAACCUGGGGAGUCACCCUGCCAGUGUCACAAAACCAAGGAGGUUUAAUAGCAGUAUCUGCUACGCCGCUAUUGCUGUAAUCAUCUUCUUCUUGAUGGGAUUUAUGAUUGGCUACUUGGGCUAUUGUAAGCGUGCAGAAGCAAAAGCUGGGUGCAGGGGACCACAGGAAACAAUGUCGACAGAGACAGAGGAUACAGAAACUUCCGAGGCAGAUGAAGUCCCUGAAACACCUUCUCACUUAUUUUGGGGAGACCUCAAAAAUAUUUUCUCACAGAAACUGAAUACCGUGGACUUCAGCAGCAUCAAGCGGCUGAGUGAAAAUCCCUAUAUCCCUCGUGAGGCUGGAUCUCAAAAAGAUGAAAACCUUGCAUUUUUUAUUGAAAAUCAAUUCCGUGAAUUUCAACUCAGUAAAGUCUGGCGUGACGAACAUUAUAUUAAGACUCAAGUCAAAGGGAGCAGUGCUCAAAACUCAGUGAGCAUAGUACCUGUGAACGGGACCACUGUAUCUGUGGUGGAGCGUCCUCAAGGUUAUGUGGCAUAUAGUAAAACUGCAACAGUUACCGGUAAACUGGUCCAUGCUAAUUUUGGCACUAAAGCAGACUUUGAGAGUUUAAACAAUUUAAACUCUCCAGUGGAUGGAUCUUUAGUGAUUGUUAGAGCAGGGAAAAUCACUUUUGCUGAAAAGGUUGCAAAUGCUGAAAACUUCAAUGCAACUGGUGUCUUGAUAUACAUGGACUAUGCUGACUUCCCCAUUGUCGAGGCAGAGCUUCCAGUCUUUGGACAUGCUCAUCUGGGUACAGGUGAUCCUUAUACGCCUGGAUUCCCCUCCUUCAAUCACACUCAGUUUCCACCAUCUCGGUCUUCAGGAUUGCCUAACAUACCUGUACAAACAAUUUCCAGAUCUGCUGCAGAACAGCUGUUUGAUCCUAAAAAUAUGGAACAAGAUUGUCCUCCUACUUGGAAAGCAGACCCGUCAUGUAAAAUGCAGUCCUUACAAGGAAGAAACGUGAAGCUCACCGUGAACAAUGUGCUGAAAGAGACAAGAAUUUUGAACGUCUUUGGAGUUAUCAAAGGCUUUGAGGAACCAGAUCGCUAUGUUGUAGUAGGGGCCCAGAGGGAUGCCUGGGGUACCGGAGCUGCAAAAUCCAGCGUAGGAACAGCUCUUCUGUUAGAACUUGCGCGGAUAUUCUCAGAUAUGGUCUUAAAAGAUGGGUUUAAACCCAGCAGAAGCAUUGUGUUUGCCAGCUGGAGUGCUGGAGAGUUUGGAGCUGUUGGUGCCACUGAAUGGCUAGAGGGGUACCUUUCCACCUUGCAUUUGAAAGCGUUCACGUACAUUAAUCUGGAUAAAGCUGUUCUUGGUACCAAAAACUUCAAGGUUUCUGCCAGUCCACUGUUGUAUUUGCUUAUUGAGAAAACUAUGCAAGAUGUAAGACAUCCAGUUACUGGGCUGUCUCUAUAUCGAGACAGCAACUGGGCCAACAAAGCUGAGAAACUCUCUAUCGACAAUGCUGCUUUCCCUUUCCUUGCAUAUUCUGGAAUUCCAGCAGUUUCUUUCUGUUUUUGUGAGGACAACGACUAUCCUUAUCUGGGCACCCCAAAGGACACCUAUGAGGCACUGAUGGAGAAAAUCCCUCAGCUGACCAGGAUGGCACGCACAGCAGCAGAAGUGGCUGGUCAGCUUGUGAUUAGACUUACCCUUGACCUUGAACUGAACUUGGACUAUGAGAGGUAUAACGACAAAAUACUUUCAUUUGUGAAGGAUAUGACCCAAUUUAGAGCGGACAUAAAGGAGAUGGGUCUGAAUCUACAGUGGCUGUAUUCUGCUCGUGGGGACUUUUUCCGUGCUACUUCCAGACUGACGACAGAUUUCAGGAAUGCUGAGAAAGCGAACAGAUUUAUCAUGAGGGAAAUGAAUGAUCGUAUCAUGAAAGUGGAGUAUCACUUCCUCUCACCCUAUGUAUCUCCAAAGGAUUCUCCUUUCCGACAUAUCUUCUGGGGCUCUGGCCCUCACACUCUGUCAGCUUUACUGGAAAACUUGGAGCUGCGUCGGAAGAACAGAGAUGCUUUUAACGAAACGCUGUUGAGAAACCAGUUGGCCCUAGCUACUUGGACUCUUCAGGGUGCCGCAAAUGCUCUUACUGGGGACAUUUGGGACAUUGACAAUGAGUUUUAGAAUAUAAUACCCAUAACUUAUGUAAGAAAAGUAAGGCGGUCUGGUUUCUAGACUUGUGCUGGUUGUGCUAAAUUUUUAGUAGGCCUACAAAACUAAUGUUAAAAUUCCACCCAAUCAUCUUGGUCCUACUAGAUAUCUCUAGGCAGCAACUUUUAAUACAGGGUAGGUACGUGCACUUCGAGUUAAAGUGAAUAACCACGUUAAAGAUACUCAUGAUAGAAUAUUUUCUCUUGAUUAUUUCUAGAAUUUUAAGAGCUUCGUAUUGGUAACUGCCUCUUUCCUGUUACAGUUAUGAAAAAGGGAGAACCAGUUGUGUGAACCACUGCUCUACAUCUUAAGGACGGGAGCUAGUGUCUUUUGAGAUGGGAGGAGGGAAGUGGUCACUGCUGAAGGUUCCAAGUGGUAUCUUGCUGUGGUUCUCCAUCUUCACUGGAUGCUAGAUAGGAGAUACUAGGUUGUAAGACCUUAGUCUCCAAACGAGAUAGAUGUCUUUCUGUAAGGAUUUAACUGGUUUCCACAUCCCUGUAUGAAACAGUUAACCAUCAGAAGAAAUGGGACUUCUUUUCUUGCCAGCAAGGUCUGAAAUAGAGGUUCUUCAGCUGAAUAAAACAAGGUUCAGCUGUUUAUCACAGGAGGAAGGCCUUAAUGUGUUACUGUCAAGGUUAUGAAAAGAGUCCAGAAGCCAAAAACUUAGUAUAUUUUCUUUUCAUCUGCCCCAGCCCCAUAAGCUUUUUAGUUGUUGUGUUUUCCCAAGUAUUUUGAAAGAGAACCAGUUUUAGGUGUUUGAUUUCAGACUCAGUUUGUCAGGCUUUAAAGAACACACUGCCAGUUUUUGGCCAGAGUGUUAAUCUUGUGGAAAAGCUUGCUAUCAUUUUGGCACUGAGAUAUUUAUUGUUUAUUUAUCAGUGACAGAGUUCACUAUAAAUGGUGUUUUUUUUUAAAUAGAAGAUAAUUAUCGGAAGCAGUGCCUUCCAUAAUUAUGACAGUUAUACUGUCGGUUUUUUUUUUUAAUAAAAG